UAUCUUAUCGCCCGUCUCGGACCCACCUGGCGUCCGCCCGCCCGCAUCCAAUCUACGCGAAAUUUUUCUGGGUGCAGCUGUCAAGAGUGUUUGACGACCAGGCGAGAUACUGUCGGCGAGACCUCAGUUCCCAUCUCUCCUCCGCCCUCAACUUAUUCGUCUGUUCUGGGUUUGCUGUUAUUCGUUAGCCUUGACGGCCCUAUAAUUAAAAUGUCUGCUGCACUACGGACAAUUACGCCUUUCCUGCGCGCCUCGCGCCACUGUCUUAGGCCCGGCAGCGCUGCCAACCCGUUAGACUUUGCUGGCCGACUCAAUUUGACUCGGUCGUACGCUGUUUUCGAGAGAACGAAGCCACAUGUAAACAUCGGUACAAUUGGCCACGUCGACCACGGCAAGACCACACUAUCUGCCGCCAUUACCAAGAGACAGGCCGAUAAGGGGUUGGCCAACUUUUUAGAAUAUGGCUCAAUCGACAAGGCCCCUGAAGAGCGAAAGCGUGGUAUUACUAUCUCGACUGCUCACAUCGAAUACGCUACUGAAAACCGCCACUACUCCCACGUCGACUGUCCCGGUCACGCCGAUUACAUCAAGAACAUGAUUACUGGUGCCGCCAACAUGGAUGGUGCCAUUAUUGUUGUCGCUGCCUCCGAUGGACAAAUGCCCCAGACCCGAGAGCAUUUACUACUGGCCCGUCAGGUUGGUGUCCAACGGAUUGUUGUCUUUGUUAACAAGGUUGAUGCCAUUGAUGACCCGGAAAUGUUGGAGCUCGUCGAGAUGGAGAUGCGUGAGCUUCUUACUCAGUAUGGCUUCGACGGUGACGAAACCCCUGUUGUUCUGGGCUCUGCUCUCAUGGCUCUGGAGGGCAAGCGUGACGAUAUCGGUGUCAAGAAAAUUGACGAGUUGCUCGAGGCUGUUGACACCUGGAUCCCCACCCCUCAACGUGACCUCGAUAAACCUUUCUUGAUGUCCGUUGAAGAUGUCUUCUCCAUUGCCGGCCGUGGUACUGUCGCCUCUGGCCGUGUUGAGCGCGGUACCCUGAAGAAGGACUCCGAAGUGGAAUUGAUUGGUAAGGGUGGUGAUGUCAUCAAGACCAAGGUUACUGAUAUCGAGACUUUCAAGAAGUCCUGCGACGAGUCCCGUGCUGGUGACAACUCGGGUCUUCUUCUGCGUGGUAUUCGCCGUGAGGAUGUCAGGCGUGGUAUGGUCGUUGUCAAGCCCGGCUCAGUCAAGGCUCACACAAAGUUCAUGAUUUCCAUGUAUGUCCUGAGCAAAGAGGAAGGUGGCCGUCACACAGGUUUCGCCGAGAACUACAGGCCCCAGAUGUACUUGCGUACUGCCGAUGAGUCAUGCGCCCUUUUCUACCCCGACGAUGUUCAGGACAAGUCCCAACUGGUCAUGCCUGGUGACAACGUCGAAAUGAUUGCCCAUUUGCACCAACCUAUUGCGAUUGAGGCUGGUCAGCGUGUCAACGUCCGUGAGGGUGGUCGAACCGUUGCCACCGGUGUCAUUACCCGCAUUAUCGAAUAAGAGGUUCGACAGGCGAUUGAAUUGAAUGACUAUAUUUUAUGAGGGUUCUGGACGAGCCGGCGGGUCACUUCUGCUUUUACUAGCCAUCGGGGCGUAGAGGGGGAGACAAGGAGUUCACGUCCAACUGUGUAUAUGGG